AUUUAAUUCAUACUUCAUACUAUAUGAAAUUUAUGGAAAUAUAUCGUUAUCAUGGCGUCUCUACAGUUUCAGAUUUAUGUAUGGGCGAGUGUUUUACUGACGGUCCACGCGGACUUUGACACCCAAACGCUCUAUCCCAUGAUUUUUGAUACCACGGUUAUAAGCCUCCACGAUCCUUCCUCACACAACGCAGCCAUCCGUGCGUGCCAGGCGGAAUGCGGCGACACCUACUUCCGGUGUUUGGAGAAAGGAUGUCCGCAUACUACUACCGUUCCAAACAAGGAGUCAAAUUUCCGCGGGCACACUGCUUCUUUCGUCAUUGCUCAAGAAAAGCCCGGCUUCUUGUCAAGAUUUUUAUAUUAUCUAACAUUCGGCUUAUUUGGAGCAAGAACGUUAAAGGCGUCACCAGAGAGCAUGCUUAGCAGCAGCGGCGGGAAAGAAAAUCCGCUCGAAGCGGAUAUAACAUGCCAUGACGCGUGCCAGACUGACUUCCGAAAGUGCUGGAAGGACUGCUUCUGUGCAGUUUAUCCGGAAAAUAAUGACUGCAAGCCGGUACUGUUCGUCUACCCUCUACCACAGGUUCCGAACCGUGUGACGGGCGCCACUGGAUUCCCGCCGUACAGGUUUAAGUGGGACGAACAGUCAUGAGGCAAGAGAUGAACCUCGAGCUUUUAAGUCGGAAAUUAAAAAUUGACAAAUCAGUUUCUUCAAAACGGUUAAAGAUCUUUAAAAGACGUGCAACU